AUGGCUGCUGAAGAUAGAGAGCUUCAAGACAAUGAGUUUGACCCACUUGCUGAACCCCAGGAGAGGCAGGCUGUGUUCGCUGCCCUAGACUCCUACAGACAAUAUCGUCGCGCAGCACAUUACAACAUCACACAUCUUCGACGUCAGUCCUUUUAUGCUCUGCCUGCGUCUCAAGUCGAGCUUUUGUCGUCGCCACCUUUCUGUCUGCCUAAGGUUUUCGAUAGAAUAGAUCAAGCCAUCGCCUCAAAUGCCACAAUUGCCGACGCCAUACUGGGCUUUGCUCUUCCAUCAUUUGGUCUCGAAAUGGCCGAUGACACAUGGAAAACGCACUCCAAGCCUAGCGAUCUUGACAAGGCUCGAUCAACUAUUCGACAACUCUACAGAGAUUGGUCUGCUGAGGGCCUACCCGAAAGACAUGCUGCUUUCUCGCCUAUCAUGGGGGCACUUUCGCAGUGCUUUCCAUGUGCAACAGAGAAGCGUCCCGCUGUGCGCAUAUUGGUUCCAGGCGCUGGACUGGGCAGACUAGUCUUCGACCUCUGUGCAGCUGGUUACACGGUGGAAGGCAACGAGAUCUCCUACCACCAACUCAUAGCGUCUAAUUACAUUUUAAACUCAGUCAGGAAAGUGGGCCAGCAUACACUAUAUCCCUGGGCACUAAGUUUCAGCAAUCAUCACACACGUUCCGCACAGCUGCAGGGUGUUGCUAUUCCUGACAUCGUUCCAGCGUUGGUCCUCGAGCAAGCCCAGGUAGAGUCACAAGCAGAGGUGCACCAUAGUGAGCGCAUGAGCAUGACCUCGGGCGAUUUUUGCGUUGUGUAUCAAAAGCCGGAAUAUACACAGCAUUUCGAUGCCGUGACCACCUGCUUCUUUCUGGACACAGCUCCCAAUGUGAUUAGCUACAUUGAGACCAUCAAAGCCUGCUUGAAGACGAAGGGUAUUUGGAUCAAUCUUGGACCAUUACUAUGGCAUUUUGAGUCCGCACCAUUACCGGGCGAACGUGAGGGCAGCAAUCGAACUCAUUCUGACUCGCAAACAAACGGUAAUCAAGGUAUUGGGGAGCCAGGAUCGUUUGAGCUGUCGAAUGAGGAAGUUGUUGCUCUUGUGUCGAGCCUGGGCUUCGAAAUGCUUGAGCAGCAGACCGCGCCAGCAACAGGCUACAUUCAGGAUCCUGCGAGCAUGCUGCAGAACGUAUAUCGCCCUGUGCUUUGGAUAGCUAGAAAGACGUGA